AUGGAGUCCUCUGUGGCGCUCGGCCAGCUGGAAGUGUCCCCCGGCCCCGGCUCGGCCGCGGGGGUCCGGCCGAGCCCCAGAGCCCCGGGCAGCGUCCAGGGCAGCGUCCAGGGCAGCGUCCAGGGCAGCGUCCAGGCCAGGGACCGGUCCGAGCAGCGCGCGCAGGAGCAGGCGUACCUGGACGGCUGCGUGCCGCUGUCCCACCAGGUGGCAGGCCACAAGUACGGAGUGGAUAAAGUUGGUAAGCUCUCCAGGAAUGAAUGCGCGAGAGAUGUUACGGUAAUGGCCCUGAAGGAGGAGGCCCAGAAGACUCGGAUCUCAGAGGACAGGUUAGUCACCUUCCCACAGCAGAACAUGACCUGUGGCCUGGAGCAACGUGGAGUCCAACCCCUGACCCCAGUCAGCGGGUGUGUCCUGCUCAGGGUGUGGGCUCAGCCGGGCCGGUAUUCUGCAGCACCCAGACGGUACAGUGCUGAAGCAAGUUCAGCCUCCACCCAGAGGUCCACGGGAAAUGCAGUUCUAUAG